AUGUCGACUGAGGACCGCUUUGCCAGCGAGCAGAGCGCCCGGCCGCCGACACGCGUCUUCGAGACCGAAGCGCUGUGGCAACGGACCCGGAGCCAGUCUGCAGAUCAGGAUACCAGCCCAAUGGUGGCUGCGUUUGAGGAAAUCUUUGCUCUCUAUGAGAGAUUUGGUGAUGCUCGUAACGGGACUGGUUUGCCCGAUUCGUUUGUGGACAGCCUCGACAGAAUCGACAGAAAAGACCUCAAGACCGAAGACCAGUGUGCAAUCUGCUCGCAAGAGUACCUGGAAGACCCCUAUCCGCUGGUAGUUGUGCUGCCAUGCCCCGGCAAGCACACGUUUGACCUCGAGUGCAUAGGGCCGUGGCUCAAAGGGAACUCGACGUGCCCGCUGUGCCGGUACGACAUGUCUAAAAAGAAAGAGAUUGUAAUUGAGGCAGACGACGAAGAAGAAGACUAUGAUGAUAUGUACGGCUAG